CCAGGGAGAGACAGAGCGACCUCGGGAUGCAGCAGAUCAUUAAAGAGAGACAGAACCACCAAAGAUCUCUAAUGGCCAUGUCCCAACAUGGCUUUAAUUCUUAGGCAGUAACUGAGACAUUUUGCAGCAGUUUCUCUGUUUCUGUUGCUGUAAUUCUGUCUCAUCUGAUCUCAUCUAACAGCUGCCUGGUUGUUGUCAGGGAAACCUCCCCACAGAGACGCACUCUCAAAAGGCAGGGGAGGGCUUUGCAGGAGAAGAGACCCUCACCUGGAUCUGGAUGGAGUAAGCAGAGGGGAUGAAGGUGGAAAGUAUGCAGCAAAGAGAAAAGAGGGAAGCUUACCUGUGGAGGUGCAUGUAAAGUCCACACCUAAAAAGGAAAGUUAAGGGAAGAGCUGGAUGAAGAUUAACUUUUCAGGAUGGGCUAUGAUCUGGAUAGGUUUGUGGGCUAUGUCAAUGAGGGUCUGCUCUGCUGUGUGUGUCGGGACGUGCUGGAACGCCCUCUCCAGGCGCCAUGUGAACAUGCUUACUGCAGCGCCUGCAUCAGCAGCUGGCUGCUCCAUCAUCACUCCUGUCCUGAAGACAGGCAGCCCCUGGAUGUGAGCAGUCUCAGACCACUGUACAGGUACAUGCGCAAUGACCUGAACCGCCUGCAGAUCCGCUGUGUGAAUGCAGGACAGGGAUGUGAGAUGGUCUGCUCCCUGGAGACUGUCCACACACAUGAGGAUGAGUGCGAGUUUGCCUUUAUAGCAUGUUCCAACACAGGUGGAGAGUACAUUUGCUACCGCUGUGGUUGUCCUGUACAGGUAGAGAGGCGGGCUUUGGAGGCCCACCUGUCCGAAUGCAACUACCGCAGCAGAGAGUGUCCCAACGGCUGCGGUCAUACGGUCCACGCCACCGAGCAAUCACAGCACAAUUGUGUAGCAGAGCUGCGCCUGGAGGUGGAGAUGAUGAGGGCAGAGAUGCUGUGCAAGGUGGAGGAGGUGAGGCGAGAGAUGGAGUCCCGGCUGGACUCCCAGAGGAGACACAUGGUGCAAAAAGAGUCGCAGCUGAAGAGUGAUGUAGAGGAGCUCAAGGGUCAGUUAACCCGUGUGAUGAGCGACAUGCGAGCCCUGUUAGGAGCAGAGCGUCUGAGGAGACAAGAACUGGCAGAAGCAGAGGUGGAGAAGAGAGAGCUGCUGGAGCUCCUCAGAGACAUACAGCCAAUGAGGAGUCAGCCUCCCACUGAGCAGGCAGCCAGGGAUCAGCCCGUGGGUGACCUGCAGGCUUCCAGCUGGGAAACGCACUCGGAUCUACCAAGACACCAGCAGAGAGAGGCGUCGCUGCAUGCCUCCUGUCUGUCUCUGCACUCGGCUCAGGUUCCCUGUGCUGCAGGCCCACCUGCUUCCCCCCAGCUUGGGGAGGGAGUCCGUAAGGGCAGCACCCGCAGUCUGACUCUAGACUGCAUCAAGAAGAAGAACCGUGAGGUGACGGUCAUCUGAAUACACCAGAGCUUUAGACUGAAGCAUAUUUUACAAAUUUCUCUAAGCAAAGAUUUUGAAAUAAAAAUAAAUACCCUUAUAUAGUCUACUAGUUCAUUCAUUUGUUAGGAAAGAAAUAAAACAGUUUUCAGCUGA